UACAGAAACCUGCGACAUCAAAGACUCCGCAGAAAACAGCCUAAAGCUUAACACGCCAAACAGAACUCCCUGUAUCUGUUGUCCCUAGCAGUGCCAUAAUAUUAAUAAUAAGUUCAAGCAGUGUGUAACUGAAAGAUUUCGUCUUCUGUUUUAUAGCCCGCCCGCCAGCCAGCCCAGCGCACCUACGGAAGACGCGAAGAGAGCCUCCCAGUGGCGGUAAAGCGGCCGAACAAAUCAGACUGCUUUAUGGUAGGUUACAACUAGCAGACGUACCAAAACAUCCCGGACAAGAACGCUGAAGCUUCGCGUGGAGGAUAUUUUCUCUCGGGGGUUAAUAAACCAAUCGGAGAGUCUACGGCGCCAGGAUACUUUCUGUGGUAAAUGAAUAUAUUCUGUCCCGAGGAAAAGCUGUAAACGAAAAAAUAAUAAUAAUAAAGAAGAAAAUAAUCGAGAAACGGGUCCGUAGCAUGACAUGACGUCUGUGUGUUUGGCGUGCGAUGUCAGACAACUUGUGGUGAUGACUAUAAAAGUGUGCCUUUAACAAAAACGGAUAUAAAAUCAGUAUCUACAUUUAUAGUGAAACAAGACGAAGCAAACAUACGUUUGGUACGUUUUAACUUGGUUGUGUUCCGGGGAAUCGGUGUAAGUGUGAAAACAGGAUUUUUAUUGAAUUCUUUCUGAUAUCGUACAAUUCGCGGAACCCAAUUCGCAAACGCAAGAGGACGUGUUUUUCUUUUUUGGAUUACUAAUUUUUCUGGAUUUUUGUAACAUAUUAAAGGCAAGUUACCACAGCACUUGGUGGUUGUAACGCCUGCUACUGUUAAUAUUUUACUUUUAAGUUGUCCAAAGAUCCGACAAUGGCUCACAGUUUAUUCAGCGGUAUUUUAGCGGUGUGUUUGUUUCUCUCAGUGUGUUCGGACAUUCCUAACAAGAAGAGAAAGCGAGGCUGCAAAUGCAUGCACAGGUUUUUAAACGACAUCGACAAACUUAUUGACAAAAAGAUUAAAAACUUCGAGGAAAAAUAUUUUAUUCCCGUCCUCAAUUCGGGCCGGGAGAAUUCUUCGCGUUCUCUAUCGCUGGAAGACAGACGUUGGAUGAAGCUCAAUGGAGAUGUCCACUACACGAAGGAGGCCCUAAAGGGGAUCAGUAAGACCCUCCAGUAUGUGAAGGACCAGGUGGGGAAUCAGAAACGUGACACGGGGACGCUGGGCGAUCACUUUCUACAGCUGAACCUGUCGGUGAAGAAUUUGACGGGAGUUGUCGAACGUCUGGAGAAAUUGUUAGUAAAACCCUAUCUGGGCCUGACCACACACGCGGCACAACCCGUUGUGGACCCUUCACCCCAGCCGAAGUAUCCACGACACUGCGACGAGGUCUACCAAGGUGGAGGGAUGAAAUUCAAGGGAGACUACAUCAUCUUGAUAAAACCAGAUGGCGCUCCAACUCCAUUCAAAGCCGUGUGCAAGGCACACAACGGUUCUGGGUGGACAUUAAUACAGCGCCGCCAAGACGGGUCAGUUGAUUUCUACCGGUCAUGGGCCGACUACAAGCGAGGAUUCGGAGACAUGCACGGCGAGUUCUGGUUAGGGAAUGACAAUCUUCAUUAUUUGACGCAACAAGGUGACGUCAUGCUCCGUAUAGAGCUUCAAGACUGGGACGAGAUGACCUUCACCGCCACCUACGACCACUUCGACGUCGGCUCGGAAGAGGAGAAGUACAAGCUCAAGGUCAGCGGUUACCACGGCAACGCCGGCGACUCCCUGACCUCCCACUGGGAGAACCACGACGGGAUGGCCUUCAGCACGAAGGACAGCGACAACGACGGGCGCUUCUACGACAGCUGCGCGCACCACUACCACGGCGCCUGGUGGUUCAACAGCUGCUUCGACAGCCACCUCAACGGCAAGUACUACCACAAGGGCUUCCACAACAACUACUUCCAGAGAGACGGCAUCCAGUGGAACAGCGUGCACCAGUACUCGUCGUUGAAGAGGACGCAGAUGAUGAUCAAACCCUCCGACAGACCGAAACACAAUGUGCAGAUCAGCAACGACGUCUGAGCAACUGGGGCGACAGCAGUGGCAACUCAUAAUUUUUUCUCAUGGAAUAGUUACGGCCGUACAUUCUAUUCAAAUUUCUAAAAAAAAAAAAAAAAAAAAGAGUCUACACGUUGGUUUCGCGUUCUUUCUUGUUUCGUGGCAACAGUAUUAUCAAAGAAACAACAUUGCCGAUUUCGCGGAUAUUUGAAAUUACAUUUUAAAUCGUGGCACCAAGUAUUAUUAGUAUCAAUGGAACAACACUGCUGACUAAGCGAAUAUUAAUAAUUACAUUUUAAAAUUGUUAUGUGUAUGGUGUAUCAUUGAUAAUGUGGUAUCCGUAUUAUCGAUGAAACAAAAUUUUCGACUACGCAGAUAAUAGUAAUAGUAAUUUUAAUUGCCACUGAUAAUUUGAUCAAGAAAUCCCCAAGCUGAAACAAAUAUAAAAAUUUGCGGUCGUGAUAGAAUGCAUUGUAUCAUUGGAUACGAAAACAGUCAUAUUCUUCAUGCAUUUGAGAGAGAAUACAUAAAAGGAGAUUAAUAUCAGUUGUUAUAUUUUUUUUGCAACAGAAUAUUUUCUGUUUAGUAUUAUGCACCAAGCUAAGCAGUAUGGACUAUGCUAAGUAUUAUGGACUAUGCUGAGUUUUUUUGGACUGUUCGGUUUUAUAGAUUGUGUUGGAUAUGAUGGACUAUUUAUGGACUGCAUUGGAUAGUACGGACUGUAAUGGGUACGAAAAACGGAAAAAAUAUAUAUUGAGUAUACGGACUACAUUCGAUAUUGUGGACUUUAACGUGCCUGGUAAUAUGGACUGUGCUGCAUAUUAUGGAAUAUAAUACGAACUCCGUUAUUAUGGAGUUUUAGAUAUUGGGAACUGUUGAUUACUAUGGACAGUGUUGAAUAGUAUGGUCAAUGAUAUGGACCGUGUUCGGUAUUUUGAACUGUGUUGAGAAUUGGAGACUGUGUCGGAAGUGACGUGGUCAGCAAAUAGCUGCCAGAAGGUGGUGAUACAGCAACAGAACUUGCUGACAAUGGUACGGGUUCCGUAGAUACAGAUGGCCGUUCACCUAGGUUGUGAAGUAACACUGUGUGGUUUGAACUUUCUGCUCAGAUUGUUUAUAUUCUGUACAUAUUUUUAAAUGUGCAGAUAACCUAGAUACUGGUUGUUCAAGUGGUGGUGUUGAGUGGAUACAAGAAGCUGUUUAGUAAAAAUAUUUUUAGCAAUCAGAUGUGCUUUAUUGCUUCGGAAUAGUACUACAUAGAGAAAUGUUCCCAUGUUUCUGUGGAUUUGAACUGUAUGCAUGUGUACUGGAAGCUGAAAUACAACGUAUUGGAUACGCGAUAAGAAAUCCAAAUUUGAAGGAAACAAAUAAUCAUAGUUGAGAUUUAAUUAUUUAAAUUGACGUGUUUAUUAUUAUUAUUAUUUUGUCUUCAUUCUGUACAAUCACUGUUACAUUUGGCACUCCUUUGGUCUAUGCAAUCAAUGUUUUCAUUGGCCUCUGUUUAAUCUAUGCAAUUAUUUUGGUCGAAUUCGGGAGCAUUGGCCAGAAAAGCCUGCAAUCGUUUGUUUUCAUCACCUCGAAUCAUCAAUAAAGUGGGAAAAGGUUGUGUCAACAACACAUACGACUAUAUAAACAGUACAUCAGAUGUUUUACUUCGUUUGGUAAACUGCAGGUUGUUUUGUGGACCAAGUUCCCAAAAUUCAAACUUUAAAAAUAAUCUGUUUAAUCGAGACUACCAUGCAAUCAACGUUAUCAUUAGCUUUUGUUUUUCUUAGUGCACGUCUAUGCAGUGUGUGUUCUUUCCGAAUAUACAUCAUGCAUUUAUGUUUGGUCAGUACAGUUCUUUCUUUUGUGCAAGAUGUAGAACAAUAUAUUCAUGAUACAUCGUGACACUUUGUUUGUUUAAGAAUGCAAAAAUAGUGGCCAUGACCAUCUCGGAGGUCAAUUUAGAAUACAAAUUACUGAACUGUCCACUAAAACUACAUACUCAUAGGGCAUCAUUCUGUAAAUAUUAUGUAAUAUUUAUGCAUUACUUUGCAUGAUACCUGCAUGUUGAUAUUAGACGUGUGGUAUUUCAAACGUCUGGAUGCAGUGGAAAAAUAAACAUUAUAUUCUCAAAGUCAAAAACAAAACAUUUGUAAUGGGUUUUUUUUCUUCGAUUUGAAGAUGUUUAAUGAUUCAUUCGUGAAAGAAUUCAUGUGUGUCUGGCUGAUACUGACAUGCAAUAAUAAAUUAAAUGCAAUUUAUAUUUCAAAGGAGUCCAGACUUUUGGAAUACGCGUUAGGUAACGGUGACUUUUGUUUUGCAGUUGCCUUUAAGUGUUCCCUCUGUGUAUAUCUUUGUUUCUGUCGCCGUCCUUUUUAUUUAAAAAAAUUAAAAUAAGUUUACAAAAAAUAUGCAUUUGCUAUGCAGGUUUUAGUGAAAAAUUCGAAAACAAACACCUAAUUUUUCGUUCCUGGUGAUUGAUUUUGGUUGGUCAUUUGGAACCUUAUGUCCGAAUCUAUGAAUCAUAUCUCGGGUGUAUGAAAAGGGGAUAAUAAACGAAUAAAUCUAACAUUUGUUCUUCAGAAGUUGAUAUUACGCAUAGAUAAUCAACCAAUAUGCCCAAAAAUGUUAGUAAUGUCGAUAUUAAACACCACUGGUAGAUAGUUGACUGCAGGUGCGUGUGACAUGCUCUCGUACCUCCGUGCAUAACACCAACAAAAUUUAAAUGUUUUUUUCUAAUGUUUUUAUUUGUUUGUUUGGCUGAUCAUAAGGUGUUACACUUAAACACCAUAAAAAUUGCACUGAUUUAAUACUGAGGAGAGUAACUGCAUUUUUAACCUAGCUGAGCUCCUAUACAGUAUGCAUCAUAAUCUAAAUCUUCUCAUUUUCUUUCUUUUUUUAAAAGAGAAAUAUUUGGAUCUCAUCCUUUUAUGAUAGAUUUCAAAAGGCUUGCUUGCUAAAGAGACAUACAUUUUAUAAGCACUAUAUGGCAAACGAAAAUAGAUCGAACAUAUAUUAUCCCUUUGUCGUUAGUUCGAGGUAUGAUUCAUAGACUGCCUAAAGAUUUCAAAUGUCUCGAUGAUUUUAGUCUGACGUGGAAAAGCUGACGUCACAGUCUGCGGCGGUAAUGUAAAUAUAUUUGUAGUUUUAACCCCUUCAGUAUUAUGUUUCUGUCUCACAACAUUUUACACUGUAUUAUAUCAUUCGUAGAAUAACUUCAUCUAGUAUUUGCAUGAUAACGUUUUACCUUUAGAGUUAUUUCCCAUUUGAUUCUGUGUUAGCUAGUAGCGACAUACUUUGAAAUGACUUUUAAUUACAUGUAUUAGAAAUCAACUUUAGCUUUAUGUUUAAAUACUUGGACAUAUUUAUUUUCUUAGUAUGUUAACAACAUUGCUUUCUCCCAUCAUAGACUAUGAGUGUAAUUUAUCCUAUAAUUUAUUAAUUCGAAGUCAAGAUGAUAUUUGCAGAGAAGUUGUAUAAAACAUGUAAUAUUAUACUAGAAGAAAAUCUCAAAUUGAGAAAGGUUAAACAUGUUAAUUAAUUUCGUUACAAUAAUUAGCCAACGUUUCGGCAGUGUUAAGCCGCUUUGAUCGGGGGAAUCUGAUUCUCUGUCACGUUAUUGUAACGAAAGUAAUGGUUUAUAACAGACAUCGACGGUGUCCUUUAAUUACUUUCAUUGUUUCGAUGAUUAUAUUAAACAUAAGAAAAAAUCUACUCAAAACAUGUUAUUUUUAUGCAUGUGCUGAACGACAAACUAUUAGAAUAUUCAGGAUCAAAUGUCGGCACGAGAAGGAGCCCAAAGGACGUUUUGACAAUGAAUUGUUCUUAUGCAAGGUAUCCAUCCAUUCGACGUUACUAUUAAAGUUGUUUGUUUUAAUCAGAAUAUAAAGACUGGUUCCCAUUAAAUCUUUAACACAGGAUGUCACUGCAGAUCAUCUCAGACAAACGGUAGUUUUUAUAGGAACUUGGUUGCAGACUGUUUGCGACGGAUAAAUGCAGGAUAGGGAAAGUGAAAUCUGCAGAACGUGAUAUCUGUGUCUGAUCACGACAGUCUGCGGCGAUAGGUAGAAUGUUAUAUGUUUUAUGGGAACCAGACUUGACAUACGUUUGGUGGCAGAAGUAAAACACAAACGAUUCUCAUUGGCUAUCAAAUAAUAUUUAAAAAGACUUAGUCAUCACUUUUCGACGCAGUAUUCAUAUUACGAUUGGAGACAUGUUGUAGCUCAGUGGUAGAAUGCUCGUGUUCGGCCGGCUGUAGGCAAUACUGUGUGUAACCUCUCAUUUUGCUUUUUCAUAGGAAUAGUCCAUGUGGCAGCAACAGGGUCCCUCUCUCGCUAGCAAUAAUCACGCUAACACGGAGGAGCCGCAGCUCAGGUGUUGAUGAUAUAUUAUUAAUGAUAGACGAUAAACUGCCCUUUUCAACUAGUUUUACAGAUAAAUCUUUUAGUUUUUAGUCUGAAUCUCAGUAAAAAUUAUGUUACAUUACGUGUAAAUAUAGACUGCCCAUAAAAAAUCUAGAUUAUUUGAAGAUUAUUCGUGUAAUAUCUGCGCCGAAAACGGUUCCCAAUUCUUUCUUUUCAAAUAUACACCGCUGUAAUAUCGUGUUGAUAUGUUUUAUUGCAUGAUUAUCUUUUCUGUAUUAGUCUACAGUCGUAUGACUGAACGUGUUCAUUCAAAGACCGUAUAUGUGUUUACGUGCUUUCAUUUGAAACGCACUGUUUGUGUUGCGAGACGACACAGGUAUAUUAUAUGUUAUUAAACGACAUUGUAUAGACACGAUUAGUAUUGUUGAAAACGUCUCGUACCAGUCUAGCAUAUAUGUUCAGUGAUUUACGACAAACCUUUGAUACGCUUUACAGUAAUUUAUUUGAACUUCAUAUUUUUCUGUUAGAAAUAUAUGUGUUAAGCUUUGCUUUCUUUAUAAAAUAAAACCACAACCUGAGCAACAAUAGUACCAUUUCAAACGAUGUUUUACAUACUUAGAGAUACAGUGUUUUGUUUUCUUAAUAAUAUAGCUUUCUAUUGGUUUUUUCUUUCUACUUUUGUUAAAAACCCUACGCCUUCUGGCGUAUUAAAAUUAAAAAUAAUAACAAAAUAAAACACCAAGUAAAAAUUUAAUAUAAACUCAGAUAAAACCAUACAUAUUGUAUUUUACUUCACCUGUAUCGAAACCAACCAUUCAUCUGUACCGAAAUGAUGCGCCCUAGAUAGGCGUACUUAAGCCUUUUCUGGACUGUUAGCACGUAUCACAUUAUUUCCCCUCAAAGCCUCCUCGGGCAAUAAUUUCUAGAAUAAUGUUUGGUACAGUCCAUUUCUACCCGUUCUCAACAUAUUGAAUACAUGCAAUUUAGUAACUUGUACCCUUGUCUAACUUUAAUUUAUCUGCGGCCAUACAUUUGUGACCUGACAUUGUCAACUUAAGCACCGAUGUGUAGCAUAUUUUCAUUGUUGUAUAAAGGUAUGUUAUGCUCACAUAUGCACCAAUACGCAAACGGAUACAGAUAUAGCAUACGAAUAUGGAACAGACAAUUACUAUAUGCGAGGAAUGGGAAAAUCGUAUUCGCUAGCGGGCGACACCGUGUCCAUAUCCGUCCUUAUUGUGAAAGUUUUAUAAGAGCACAUUAUUAAAAUAAGUUGAAAGUGUUUAAAUAUCGCAUGCUGUAAAGUAUUACUACUUGCACUGUGAACAAAACAUUUACACUAAUAGACAAUUUGUAAUUUUAAAAAAGACCAAAAGAAAGAAAUGGAAAUAACAAAAACCAGUUUUCUUUUAAUGAAUAUAUUAACAGUUGUUUCGAAACUAAUUUUGAGACUUUAUAUAAUGGUUGCAUUCAAGUAUGUUUCAUUUUAUUCUUGCUCGUGUGUUUUCAUCCAGAAAUAUUAACGAUGGUGCUAAGUUUGUAAGUGGUCUUUUGAGUAUCAGCCUUAUGCAAUUAUAUUGCUACACUGUAUAUAUCAAUGUUUGACGUGUUCUCACCAUGUGCCUAUUCUCGACAAACUCAAGAUCAUUUUUCACUCUCUUGUAGCCGAAAUGGUUUGUCUUAGAUAAUAAAGCAUUGUUGAGUUUUUCUAAACAA